AAGCGGUUAAAGACAUCUGGCACUGGAUUCAGUCAGAAGGGAAGGGAAAGUUCUCAAAACAACGGCUCAGAGUACGCCCUUUAAUUUCAGGAUGACUCGUCUCCUUUUUCUCAUUGCUCUCCUUACUCAGCUUCCAGGUGUCCUAUGCACUGUGAGCAGAGAAGGAGAAUGGACAGUGUUUGAGGGUAAAUCGAUCACUGUCCCCUGCCACUACAAGCCUGAGGACACUCUGAAUGUGAAGUACUGGUGCCAGGGCUCAAUAUACGACUUCUGCAGCAGUCUGGCCCGCACAGACAACCAGGACACUGCUCCAUCCUCAAAAGCGAGAAUAACGAUCGCUGAUGAUCCCACGCAGCACGUGUUCACAGUGAUCAUGCACGAGCUGAAGGAGAAGGACUCUGGCUGGUACUGGUGCGGGGUGGAAAAAGGAGGGAUAUGGAGCAAGGACAGUGCCAUGUCAAUUUAUAUCAGUGUCAUACAGGGUAUUUCAGUAGAGAACAAUGAAGUAAGUGCUGAAGAAGGUGACAGUGUCACUGUGCAGUGCCAAUACAGUGAGAAACACAGAAAGGAUGAAAAGAGGUGGUGCAGGAGUGGUCAUGUAAGAUCCUGCUCGGUUACAAACAACGGGACGUUCCUCAGCGAAUCUUUGCUCAUCAGCGAUGACGGGAAGGACACGGUUACCGUGACGAUGAGGCAGCUGGAGAUGCGGGAUGCAGGGUGGCACUUGUGUGGAGCCGGCGAGCACCAAGUGUCUGUUAAUGUGUUAGUCACUCCAAGAUCAACCAAAGCUGCCUUUGGUAUAAAAACACAACCGAGUCUGACUGUGCCUUCUGGUAAAGCCUCCAACAGGUGGGUGGUGCAUCUACAGACUAAUCAAGGGGAAAAGAGGUGCAAGCAAUAAGAACAUGUCAAGGAAGCAACCAAUGACAAGACAUGGCAAAAUAGUUACCUUUUGCAGUGUCUUCUGACAGUGUGUGGAGCUCUGAUCUUCCUGCUGAUUGCAAUCAUGGGAACAAGAAGGAUCAUGGGAGGAUUCAAACUAACAGACUUCUGAAAAUGUUUUGGUUCAAAUCUAUUUCUUAGUGUUUACAUGUCACACAUCACCUGCGAUACAUUUAUAAUAAAUAUAUCACAAUAUUACCAUGAAGGCGUCUAUCCUAAAGUCUUAUACAAGUCUUAAUACAAAGCAGUAACACAGGAGACUCCUUCCUAACAGAAAAUUGCACCAUAUUACACACAUAUUUAAUCAGAUGUGGCAUAAUCAUCAAACAUGCCCCUGUGAAUGCAUUGUUACUCUACAUUUAAUAAAUAUCACAGCCAGAACUCAUUAAUGCUUCCAAAUCUGCCUAUGUGCCUAUAAUUAAUGUAAUAAAUAAAUACUCAUUAAAAAGC